AGGGUGGCGUCAUAUAUCAUAUCAGCUGAUAAAGGUUAUAUGAUUCAUUUAUAUUCACAGCUAGGCUGUAACUGGGCCUACAUAUAUGACUGCUGACGUUUCGUUUUAAAAGCAGGCCGUAAAAUAGCGAAACAGUUAUAGUAAAUGAGGUUUUAGCACAGGUUAUACGCUUAAUACUUACGUAGCAUCGAUUAAGUAGCUCAGUUUUUUGUUUGUAUAUUUGUUCUGUUGAGCUAAAUUAUUAUUAUUAAUUAGUUUGUUGGUCCCUUUGCAGGUUUUAAGAAUAAGGUAUUUUGCCACAGUAUCUAACUGAAGUACAAACUGUCAGACAUCAUUAGACCAUGGAUCGUGGUAUAGGUGGAGUGCCUUACCAUCAACGCCGGUACAACGACAUGAACUACGAACGUCCUCGCCAAUGGUGGAAUAACGAAACCAAACGUUUUAUUCAAAACCAUGGCCACGACUACUACCGUUCGCAAUACAGCCGGACAGCGAACCAACGUACAAAUUACAGGCAUAACCAUGGAAAUUUUGACAGACAGCAACGUUCUAGUAGCAGUUUAACGCCACGAGCAAGCUACACAAGACAGAAUUCAGUUAGACAGCCUAUACCGUGGCAUAAUAGGCAAGGGUUUCAAGCCAAUUCUGGCCUGCAAAAUCGACAUGUAGCAACUCAUUCAGGACUAAGACUUCAACACUAUACGUCUAGAUCAAGAAAUACUCCAAGCACUACGAAUCAGAAUUACAAUAGAAGACCACAGUACCGCCGAAAUGGCACUAAUGACCAAAAGUUGCGAGAUCCUCAAGCUACCUUACCACCUUAUAAACGUGAGCCUACUGCCGUUGAAAGAAAACGGGGCAUAUCUGGAGACAUAACUGAAACAACUUGUGCGAUCUGUUUAGACGAAAUGGACGAAAUGGAAAUUAAGAGGCUACGUGGAACAUUCGAGCCUACUGUUACUUUUCCAUGUGGCCAUAGCUUCCAUGGCGCUUGCGCAGAAGCUUGGGUGGCAAGCAAGCAUACAUGUCCGCUUUGUCGAUCAUUUGUACCACCAGAAAGACUUAGCCGAGAUUUUAGCGCUUACCGAUAAAAGCUAGUGAUAAUGUUAUUGAUUUUACCGUUGUUGUGUCUUCCUACCGUUUUUGCAUUUUAUUUUAAUGAUAACUUUUUGCGCAGACUCCUAAAAUGCUCGUUAAAAAGCAUCAAUCUUGCUUAGGCUACAGAGUACAGUUUGAAUUUAUCAUUUCCAGUUUUUACUUUUUACGCUUUUACUGUUGUUACAUACAAAAUAAAUGAUAUAAGAUUUCAAUGUAUUAUUAA